CUAUCCAUGAUCCUCACCUGGCUAUUGCCCCAGGAGAACUUUUUCGAGUUUUGAACCUGCUCACUCUGACCCUGCCGCACCAGGAAGCAAGUGUACGCGUGCACUAUUCAAUUUACAAAACGGCCAUGCUCUCCGCGAGCUUCUAUGCAUUGGCUCCGUGCUGUUCCCUCCUUGCGCUUUCCAGGCCUUCUCCUUGCUCACCUAAUGUGAUUUAGACUUGCCGCGUAAACAAGUGCAAGGUAUACAAGCGCAGUGGCUGGCUUCUACCACGAUAUAAGGAACGAGGAUUCCAACUGUCACAACAGAACAACACUCCUCUUCAACUCCUCCCAACUCCUCUACCCUCACCGACUACCAACAUGACUGACGUUCUUGGUGUUCUUGUCAUCGCUCGUAAUGGUGACCGCACAGAAUACUACCAGGACCCCAAGAACUAUGAGAGCUCCUACACCGAAAGCACUGCUCUUGGUGCUGCCGAAUCUCACCAGCUUGGGUCCUUCCUUCGCUCGACCUACAUGUCCUCAUCUUCUCCUUCAUACAUCGAGAAAUUGAAAACCGACCUCGUGGACACCCAUGAGGUUCACGUCCAUGUCAAGGCUGGCGGUGAGGGUACCGUGAUCUUUGACUCUGCUAUCGCCCUCCUUCAGGGUCUUUUCCCUCCUAACCCUGCCAACAAAAUCGUUCUUGCCAACGGAACCACCGUCAUUGCUCCUCUUGGUGGUUACCAGUACGUUCCAAUCGAGACUGUCGAGCCCUUCAACGACAGGUCCCUUGAGCCAUGGACCGACUGCCCAGCUUUCGAGCAACACAUUUCCAAUGUAUACUCGUCUCCUGAGUUCAAGGCGACCGCCCAGGCUGCCGGUUCUUUCUUCGGUGCUGUUAGGGACUACGUUUUUGGCCGCCCCACUACUCUUGAGAACGCUUGGAAUAUUUACGACUACGUCUCGACUGAGCUUUCUCACAACAAGACAUAUGCUCACCGCCUUCCUCCCACCUUGGUUGAGCAGGCUCGUGGCUUUGCUGACUACCACGAGAACGCCAUUUUCUCGGAUAAGGAUGUCGGUGGUAUUGGUAACUUGGCUGGCCGCACGAUCCUCCACUCGGUCUUGAACUCCCUCCAACGUAUUGCAUUCAACGGUGACCCUCUGCAGUUCCUCCUCAUUGAGACCUCAUACCAGCCUUUCAUCUCGCUAUUCCACAUGCUUGAGAUGACCAAGGAGAACCCUGAGCUUGCCAGUAUCCCGAACUAUGCUUCUGCUCUUGCCUUCGAGCUCCGUCGCGGACCUCCCCCUGAAGACCGUGACUUCGUCAGGAUCAAGUUCAAGAAUGGCACCAACGGCGACUUCGAGACCUUCCACGCUUUCGGCCACAAGAACGACAUCUCUGCAACGGAAUUCAUCUACAAGAUCAGGAACUACGCCAUUACCAGCCAGAAGCAAUGGGCCGCUAUUUGCAACUCAGGUCUUGAGGGUGGCUGGUUCCAAAUCGGCUCUCAGAACGAGGUUUCCAGCACUGUCUUCGCCAUUCUGGCUGCUGUCUUCCUCCUCGGCAUGUUUGUUCUCUCCAAAUUCGUCAAGAAUGCCCGUGCCAAGGCUCAGAGCACUCGCAUCCGCCUUGCUGACGACGAGGUGAGUCAGUCGCACCUGCCCCAGAGCCCGUAUCCCAAUUAUGGAACCCUUUUGAACGUCCGCCCUGGUAUCGUGCCUUUCUGAACCGUACCGACCAACUGUCCUUUCUCAUGACAGAACGUCGUCGCUCAGCCCGCUUCUAUGAAUGAGAAGCAGCACCUUCCUUUGUAAGCGCCGGUUUAGUAGGAGUCGGGGAGGUUGAAAAGUAUCUUCGUUAUACGCUUCAGUGGGGUGGGGUUUUUUGUUUGAUUUGUAUUUGGACCGCAUCGCAUUGCUUCACGGACUCUUCCCACAUUUUUUCUUCUCAUUUGCAAUAUGACUGUUGUAGUUUAUUAGACUCGGUUCCCAUAGUUUUGUAAUUUCACACAUUUUCUCGGAUCUUUGCAUUACUUGCUGUGA